AUGACGUCAAGACAUAUGCUCUUCAUUCGUCAACUUGCUAACAGGUUGCUACUAAAGACUCCAUAUAUGACCGCGGACGACAUUAACAUUGGGAUUGGUGCAAUAUUGGAGACGGUCGAAAUGACUAUCUUCGCAUUCUUACAUAUCAAGGCCUUCUCGUACAAACCCUACGUCCAAACUCCCGAUCCACUCCUGGCCAAAACAGCAGCUUUCACACAAGAUGACGUAGUACGAACUCCACGUUGGCGGUCGCUCGGACAUGCAUUCGACUUCCGUGAGACGUUCCGCGAGUUAUGGGACGGACUCAUGUAUAUCGUGCGGCGAUCUAGAGGGACAGAAACGGAUACUAUGGCUCGGCGGAUGGCAAUAAGGGAGGAUGUGUUCAGCGUAAGUAAUCAUUCGAGGCGAGGUCAUCCUCAUCGAACCGUUUCCGACUCACACUCUAAGCCCGAUGAGAAAUAUAAGUAUCAACCCGUUUCUGUGUCCAUCGACGUCGAGAAGGAAGUACUUAUCGACAGUGAACGACAAUGGAUCGGGACUGGUGAUGAUUACAUUUACGGACUUGGAUUUUCACGACGAGAGCGAAGUGCGGGACUAGCGGAGCAGAUUGAAACUGAACUCGAGCAACGUGGUAUCACUACUCCGUUCUCGCGUACUUUAACUACUAGUAGCAAACCAAAUAAGAAGACCAAAAGUGGGAAGAAGAGGCGGCGAUCGCUGUGGAGAAAGGCACUCGAUCGGAUUUCACGGACCAGUACGGGUGCUGAGGAGAGAGGGAACGCUGCAACUACCGAUAGACGAGAACGGUCUAGGGAUGGGUAUACAGAGUACAAUCCUAUUCCUAUAGCUGAAGAAGAUUCGGAACUUCCUGUGUCUUCCUCAAGUAUGGAUAACCAAGUAUCGCAUCAUCAGCAUUCGCCACCAGUACCCAAUUCUUCUCAUUCUCCACAUCUAUAUCCUUCCAGAAACUCCGAUCUCCCUCCCUCUCCUAAACCUAUAUCCGUGCAGGAAAGUAUCUCCGGCGGGCUCUUCUCCAAUAAACCCUCUUCAGAAUCGAGUGGUCCAACCUCACAGACGCAUCCAUCUUCUCGAGGGAACCACGUUCGACUAACAGCACCCGCUCCCGUCGUAUCUUCUCACAAUCUUCGUGCUCCUACACAUCAAGCUACCCUAGUCCACUCGAUUGACUGUCCAGGAUUACUGCCGAGCUCUGGAGAGUUUGGUUACUUGCGCUCCAUGCCAGCAGGUGAAUCAGAUUCGGACAUGCCGAACCAUGCACCGAGAGUUAGAACGCUUGAUCAGGGUACUGUGGACGGAAAUGGAGACUACACUGGACGUGAACGCAGGAGCAGCCAUCGUCGAGAACAUGCGCACCACGAACGUUUAUACAAUGUCGUUACUUGGUCGGCAAGACAGUCUAUGUCUCCACCUCGCAUAACUUCUUCAUCUUCCAGAAGUCCUCUAAGUCGUCAUCCUGUCAACGUGUCUUCACCUCAGACGAGAGGAAGGGCAGGGCGGAUCAGCUUGUCUCACGGUCCAAGACAAAUAGUCCUACCAGUAUUACUAGGAGGCACAGACGCAUCUCCGGUUUCUCCAACAUUACUGCCAGUGGAGAAUAUCAGAACAGCCAAUACGUAUUCUCGUGCCUCUCGGAGCGCUUCUGUGUUGAACAAUCAACAUGCAUAUCCGUCUCAGUCUCGACGGUUCGAUAUGUGCGAAGAUACAAUCGUAGAGUAAGGAGACAUCGAUUCUACUAGGCGGGACGUUUUGUAAUCUUGUUUUUGUAUUUCUUUUUGAUGACACUGAUGAGUAUAAUCACGAACUUUUCCACACUCUUCACUCGUUGCUCAUUGAUGUAUGCAGACGAGAGUGUAAC